CUCCCACUGGCGACCUAAGCUUCGUAUUGAGGCUGCCUACAAUCAUCCUGAAGUGCGUCCUGGAUUUGCGAUUCUCUGGCUAGCCGUCGACCGAACUCACCUCGUAUCACCUCCUUCCCCUUGUCCACAUUGAAAGCCAUCGGUCAAAGUCGCGCUAUCCUAAUUCUGCGUUCUCUGUCUGCCCAUAGAUCUGUCGGAGCGCAAGCUCGCCGCAUCCCUCUCAACGUCUAUUGCUUCGGCUAGGUGCCCCGAUCGCUGUCAAAAUGGAAGAGGCGCUCCUCUACUUCGAGCACGACAACUAUGCGUCCGACGAGGUCUACGACAAGACCGUCAAGAAUCACAUCACAAAGAUUACCCGCCUGUUUAAGGACCAGACGUCUGCUAUUGUUGCCAACGCCCCGCAACUGCUCCAGAUUGUCAAACCCGACAGACACUCAAUCUCGCACCUCGCGAUUCUGAACACGCUCAAGCACAUCGACGAGGCUUCCUUUCCGAUAUCAGUCGAUACCUUCCGCGAGCAUGUCGCUCGUUUCUUGCUGUCAUACGACGCUCGGCAGAUCCGCUACGUCGGUGACGUCUUCUACGACUUGGUCAAGGAUAUUGUGGAAUGCAAGCUCUUCCCGGCGCGUCAGUCGAUCGACCUCGUUGUUGCUGCCUUAAAGCGACUUGAUCCGGACUCCGCUAUGCUCACGAGCCUCCACCUCGCCGUGGUCAAGCUAGCUUAUGAGACGGAGAACUGGGACGAAAUCCUGCCGAUUAUCGAGAAACCUUGGGUGUUUCUUCCGGGCAUGAAGGAUCAGGCUCGUUCAAAGUAUCUUUGUGAUUUGACGGCUUCACCACCCGCCUACAUUAGCCCAUCCACACAACUGACAGAGCAUCUAACCCGCGAAAACGUGAUGGAGCACGAAUACGUUUCUGCCAUGAUCUUCACGGCCAAGAAAAAAUGGACAAACGCACAUAAUGCAUACCAGAGAAUCGUCACUUGGCCCUCAAGAGAGUCGUCCGUGAGCAAGUUGAUGACCGACUCGCACAAGCGGUGGAUCCUUACCGGCCUCUUAGCCCUUGGCCAGGCACCAACACUCCCAUCCCAAAUCAGUCCAAGCGCCCAAAAGUCUUACGCAGCCCUUUCGAAGCCCUAUGCGGAUGUGGCAGCUCAGUUCUCGACUACCAAUGUGGAACAGCUCAAAGCCGAGAUUGAGAAAGGAGCAGAAACGUGGGUAACUGAUCAGACGACUACUCUCAUUAAGGAAGUCGUCAUGGCCUACCAGAAAUGGCAGAUCCUUGGUCUCGCCGACGUGUUUCACAAGAUCGGCAUCUCAGAGAUCCGCCAGCAGACACUUAGCGCCGAAACUGCCCGGAAUCUUGGGACCGAUGGCGAAGUUGAGGAGCUUCUACAGGAGAUGGUCAACAUCGGAAUGCUCCAGGGGUCACUGGAGGCCGGUCCCGAUGGUACCAAGUGCCUCACUUUCCUCCCAAGCGACAAGGAGAUCGAGUACACUGAGUACCAGAAUAAGAUCAAGGAUAACUCGCGCAUUAAGACGCUCGACAAGCUCACUGAGGUGAGCGACGCUCGCCUAGCAGCGUCCAAGGACUACGCCAAGCACAUACUUCGUGAGCAGAAGCGGCAGGACAAGGACGGUGGCCAAUCUCAGAACGUCGAGCUUGGCUUUGAUGCAUCUAUCGAGGAUGAGGAUCUCAUGUCUGGUCUCCGGCAAGACUGAAAGAGUCACGCAGUGUUGGCUCAACUAAUAUCCACAGACUUAUUCUGGAUGAAAUGUCGACAUUUUCCGACAACGGCUCCGUACCUUAUUUUCACGAACUAACGAAGACAAAGAAAGCGAGGUGAAUCUCUACACAUGAGGAGGAAGGGG